UGUUUAUUCCCGGACAAUGUCAUUGUACACUGCUACAGAUCUAUACAUGUUACAGCCGGAUAGAGCCGCAGUCACACACACCGCCGGUAAAUGCGGUUAUUGUUUACAAUAAGCUCCCGGUUCCUCUCCUCUCCGCGCUGGUGGGGGGCAGAGAUUACUGUGCGCUGACAUCCCUGCAUGUGACGUCAUGUUGUCACGCCCUCCUGUGGGCGGGGCUGGUGAUGUAUCGCGGGAAGGGGCGGGAGCCCGGUCGGAUCAGUGGGCGUGACUCCGGCCGCGCCGGAAGCGCAGUCCUCCUCUCGGUCCGAAUCUGGUUGCGGCCUGUGUGGACGGUGAAGCCUGGAGCUGGAGUAGAGGCUGCACGGAUACGUUCCGAUGCCUUCUCUUCAGAGAUCGAGUGUGAUUCUGCAACCUCAGACUGCUGUUGACCUGUCCCAGUAGUUGGUUGAAGGGUACCGAUUCCAGGCUGGAGAGGAUAGAGGCUGGCAAGGCAUCCCGACCUGGAUAAACCUAAGGCCUCCAGAGGGUGCGCACACUUAAGAUGUCCUUGAGCAGUGGCGCACCAGGAGGGAAAGGUCUGGACACAAACCCUGUGGAGACCUACGACAGUGGUGAUGAAUGGGAUAUCGGAGUGGGCAAUCUAAUUAUUGACUUGGAUGCGGAUCUGGAGAAGGACCAGCAGAAGCUUGAAAUGUCAGGAUCUAAAGAGGUGGGCCUGCCAGCCCCCAAUGCUGUGGCUACUCUGCCUGAUAACAUUAAGUUUGUGACACCUGUACCUAGUGGGCAAAGUAAAGAGUCAAAAUCUAAAUCAAAGAGGAGCAAAAGUAGCAAAGAUGGAGGUAGGAGUAGUCAGACCUCCUCUGGACUUUUCCCAACUGGAGAAGCAAGUAAAAAGGAAGUGUCAGGACGUUCUGCAGAUAAUGGGGGGAACUCGGGAGUUCCCUCUUCCACUGCAACUCCAUCCAAAGGAGGAGAGAAAUCCGGUAAGGCAGCCCGCAGCUCAUCUAGUUCUAAAAAAGAAAGCGGAAAGGCCAAAAAGGACAAGAGUGAUGUACCUGGGGCAAGUGGGGAUAAAGAACCCAUUGGUGUUCUACAGUCACCCCCUGGAGUUGGGGGUCGUGGAAACUCUGUUCAGGACACUAUAGGAACUGCAGUGGAACAGAUGGGUGGGGGAAUGGCAACGGACAGUGGAAAUGCGCUGAAUGUUAUAAAAACAGAAAAUGAGGAUCCUGAGCUUGAUAAUCGGGGACUGAAGAAGGUCAAAACUGAAAUGAUGGAAUCUGCAGUCUGUGCAUCUUCUGGGCUACCUCUGCAUCUGCUCGUCCCCAUGGUGAACAGUGACAUAUCAUCUCCCUGUGAGCAGAUCAUGGUGCGCACAAGAUCUGUGGGUGUCAACACCAGUGAUGUGGCUCUUGCUACUGAGCCUGAAUGUCUUGGCCCUUGUGAACCAGGCACCAGUGUUAAUUUGGAAGGAAUUGUUUGGCAGGAGACAGAGGAUGGCAUGUUGGUUGUCAAUGUGACUUGGAGAAAUAAGACCUAUGUAGGAACCCUCUUAGAUUGCACACGGCACGAUUGGGCACCACCUAGAUUCUGCGACUCUCCCACGAGUGACUUGGAGAUGCGGAACGGACGGGGGAGGGGUAAACGCAUGCGACCCACUAGUAAUGCUCCUGUUGCAGAAGUUACACCAGCCCCUGAUAAUAAAGGUGCAUGCAGUAGUAGCAGCAGUAGCAGCAAAACACGGGCUGGCGCCAACAAUAAAGGGAGACGUGGAAGCCAGAAUUCAAGCGAACAUCGUCCGCCCCCCUGCAAUCCAGUAGAAGAUAUAAAAGCUAGCCCAUCUUCUGCCAGCAAACGCAAAAGCAAGCCUCCCUCUGACAUGGAACUGACUUCCAGCUCUGAAGACUCUAAGGGGAGUAAGCGUGCCCGCACAAACUCCAUGGGAUCCUCCUCUGCACCAGUGUCUGUUUCUUUACCAUUAACAGUGCCAAUAAGCACUAUAAAGGUGGAACCAGCUGUGUUGGACCGUAAUUGUUCCUCCCCAAUAUUAAUAGACUGUCCUCACCCUAACUGCAAUAAAAAGUACAAGCACAUAAAUGGCCUGAAGUACCAUCAGGCACAUGCACACACAGAUGAUGACAGUAAACCAGAGGCAGACGGAGACAGUGAAUGUGGUGAGGAGCCACACCUUCAUCUGGACAUGGGUAGUUGUAAUGGUACCUUUCAAACUCAGAAGGGUUCCCUUUCCCCAGCCCGAUCUGCAACCCCUAAAGCUCGCUUGACUGAACCACCUAGUCCUACACUCACUUCUAAAUUUGGAGGUAAGGUUGUAUGCAAGAACAAAAAUGGUACUGAAGGAGACACAGACCCGGGAGCACUUUCUAAUGAUGGAUCAGAUGAUGGUCCCAUGGCAGCAGAUGACACAAGCAAUGAUGGCUUUGAUUCACAGGAAAAGCGAUUGACUGAAAAGGAUGCAGCCAAAAAAGGCAAUGGGAGCAAUAAGCCUGACAAGUUGGCCCCAUCUAAAAGUGUGAAAUCUGCUCGGCCUAUUGCACCUGCAAUAGUACCUCAGCAAAUGUACACCAUUCAAACUACAACAUUUACUGCUGGGAGUCCUGGUUCUUCCACAGGUCUUACUACCACAGUAGUCCAAGCUAUGCCUACCAGCCCACAUCUUAAACCUAUCCAGCCCAAACCAACAGUAAUGGGAGAACCAUCUAGUAUUAAUCCAGCUUUGACUCCAUCAAGGGAUAAAAAGAAAAAGGAUAAAAAGAAGAAAGAACAAAGAGAGGAUGAAAGUCUUGGAACCUCUGUAAAAGUAGGACGUCCAGAAGACGGAAAAAGUCCAUUUGGGGAAGCAGGUGAUUCAGCAAGCAAAGGUGAUGGACUAAUUAAUGGCUCUGAUUCUCACCAGAGUAGAUUGGCCAGCAUAAAGGCAGAAGCUGACAAAAUAUAUAGCUUCACGGACAAUGCACCAAGCCCUUCCAUAGGAUCAGGAGGUGGGGGAAGUGGUAAUUCAAACCGAAUGGAAAAUCCUAGUCCUGGUCAGCCCAUGACACCAUUACAUGUUGUGACCCAAAAUGGGGCUGAAGGAGCUUCAGUAAAAACAAACAGCCCAGCUUAUUCUGACAUUUCAGAUGCAGGUGAAGACGGAGAAGGUAAAUUGGAAGGCACAAAGGCCAAGGAUCCAGAGCAAAUGGUAAAGGAAAGUGCCAAAAAGUCCCUUUUUCCACCACAACCUCAAAGCAAAGAGUCCCCAUACUAUCAAACAUUUGAAACCUAUUAUUCUCCCAACUAUGCACAUUCCAGUCCAGGUGCCAUGAAUCCCACUGGUCAGACUACACCAGAAAGUCAGCCACUGAAAGUUAAGAAGGAAGAAGAUCUGGAGGUAACAGAAGUUAAAAUGAAGGUUGAACCACCUGAAGAUAAAAAGCCAGAGCUUAGCAACACUAGCCAACAGCCCUCAGUUAUUCAACAGCGUCCAAAUAUGUACAUGCAGUCCCUCUAUUAUAAUCAGUAUGCCUAUGUACCUCCUUAUGGCUAUAGUGACCAAGGGUAUCAUGCUCACCUGCUGAGCACUAACCCAACAUAUAGACAACAAUAUGAGGAGCACCAGAAACAAAGACAAAACCUGGAACAACAACAACAGCAGCAGCAGCAGCAGCAGCAGCAGCAACAACAACAACAACAACAGCAGCAACAGCGCAACAUUGAAAAGAAGGCAGAGAUGGCCAUGAGGGAUAGAGAGGCCUCUCUCAAAGAAGAAUGGAAGCACAAGUCUUCAGUACCUCCAACACUCACAAAAGCGCCAAGUCUUACCGACUUGGGAAAGUCUGGUCCUAGCAAACCUAAAGAGCUGGUUUCUGGGCCAGACUCAAGUAAGUCUGUGAUUAUCCCCAAACCAGAGGACUCUAAGAUCCCAGUACAGCAAGCAGAGGGUUUAAAAGCAAAAGUAUCUGAAGGAAGUAGUCAUACAGGAAAAGAAAGUGGAGAACCUUCAAAACCAGUAGGGGAGUGCAAUCGGCAACCUGGACUAGAUCCUGUAUUGUGGUACAGACAGCAACAAGAAGCAGAGUCGCGGAUGUGGUCCUAUGUAUAUCCAAAGUACACUGAUGCACUAAAAGCUGAUGAUGAAAGGUGGAAAGAAGAAAGAGAUCGGAAGGUCAAGGAGGAGAGAAGCAGGAGCAAAGAAGCCUCUGCUAAGGAAGAUAGCAAGGAGACAAUUAAUGUGGACAUUAAGGGACCCCAACAAACUGAAGAUCCUCGUGGGCUGCCUAAGGACCCUCGCACUAGUACUCAUGUACCAGUUUCAUCACCACUUACACAGCAUCAGUCCUAUAUCCCAUAUAUGCAUGGUUACACCUACAGCCAAGCGUAUGACCCCAGCCAUCCAAGCUACCGUGGGAUGCCAGCAGUCAUGAUGCAGAAUUACCCAGGUUCCUAUCUACCUUCCAGUUAUUCAUUCUCCCCGUAUGGCAACAAGGUUGCUGGUAGUGACGAGCCUGAGAAGUCACGAGCCAGUCCGAGCUGCAAACCAACCACUGAGUCUAAAGCCCUUGAUAUAUUACAGCAACAUGCAAGCCAUUACAAGAGCAAGUCUCCCACAAUCUCAGACAAAUCCCCACAGGAAAGAGAUCGAGGCGGUUGUGGCAUGCCUGGAAGCUCUGCAGUUGGCUGUAGCAGUAUGGGAGCGCCAGACCGAGGAGUAGGCGACAGGAGUUCUGAAAGGCCACGCACUUCCCCUUCACAGCGCUUAAUGUCCACACAUCAUCACCAUCACCACCUUGGUUACUCUUUGCUGCCUGGCCAGUAUCAGUUGCCCUACACGACAGGUUUGUCUUCUACAGCUAUUGUAGCAAGUCAGCAGGGCUCAGCCCCAUCUCUGUACCCACCCCCGAGGAGGUGAAACAGGAAAAAUCAGCAGCCAAGGACCUUGUCUACGCAAAGUCAUGUGACUGGAUCACAGGACCCAUCUGGAAUGAGUCAGUGCAUCAGUUGAAUGGUGUUUCUUCAGCCAGAGUGUUCUCGUAAAGGGCUUCUGAGGUAUUCUUCUGAUCCAGGACACACGUUGCCCGAUCCUUGUCCUUCCUGCCUUUGGGAGAUCUGGUUUUGCAAAAUGGGACUGUAUUUAUUCAGUGCACCCUCCAGUGGACUGGACUAUGAGAAGACAUCAAAUUUCUUUUAAUGACAGUGUGUCUGAAGGAAAUACCGUGCUCAACAUUGAACACCUCAUUCAUGUAACAUUCUGGGUCAGGAUCGUGCAUCCUAUGCUUACAGACUUCUGGUUAAUGUUAUUUUGAAGUUAAAAAGAUGAUGAAUUUGUUUUGUCCUUGUUCAUGCACUCCAUCAGUUAUGACUGUUCAGUUUAUGGAUUUUAUCUGCAGCCGCACAUGGUCGGGCAUCUAAAUUUCACGUGUUCCAGGAGCCAAGAGACCUCGUUUCUUCUAAAAUGUCCAAACAGAUUUGUGCAAGAGAAGUAUAGUUUUGUGUUCUGUCUCCUUACCUGGGAGUGACUGUCGGCACAGAGUUUUCUGUCAUGUCUCUCCUGAUAAAAUACCUGUUUUUGUUUUCCUUUCAUGGAGAUUGCUAGACCAAGAUUUAGGCUUGGUGCCUGAGCAGAGUAAGUGGCAACAAUUGGGUAGGUUUUAUGGCAACUUUGCGCUGACAGAUCUUUGGCGGAGUAGAGAUGAUGCAGUGCCACCUUGUCUCCUCGUCGGUCUUUUUGGUUAGUCACGCAAUGCUUCUUUUUCUUUAACAACAGAGAUCAUAUCCUUUACUUUAACAGUUUUCUUAUAAAAAUGUGCAAAUAAGGGUUAAGUAUGACUGGUGUGACAACAGUAAUCCUGUACUCCCAUGGACACAACCUGGCUGUGUAUACUGUAUAUAGACCUGGAAAAGUUUUUUUUUUUAUAAGACACUAAUCUUAAAUUGAGAAGAAAUUUCACAUGUGCAUUUUAAAUCUGUUUAACCACUAAAUGUUUAGUGCCCUGAUGGCAGGAUGCCAUGUGUUUAGCAUUACAAGCCCAUCUCCGUUGCCGUUUCCCCCCCCCCCCCCCCCUCUUCAUUACCCUGUCAUUCAGGUUUAUUUUAUCUUAAAGCAUGCAAAGUACAUUAUGGACACCUGUGACUGCAGGAAUGUAUUGUUCUCAUAUCAGGGAAUGAUAAGACCUGUGAGGGUUGGGUCCCUUUUUAGAAAUGCACUUUGUCUAAUUGUGGACCGAGAAAUACAGGCACAUGACUUAGAGAUGAGCUAUCAUAGCUAAAAGACUUACCGAACCGGUCAUCAAUGAUAAAGCUGUCAUCUGUAAAUGGAGGAAAUCUUGCCAUAUACACUUCCUUACUGAGCAUGCCACUUACCUAUUUUACAGUCACAUUGAAAUUUAAGUGUUUUAUUGUAUUUAUCUCCCACCCACAUUGUGCUUAGAGGUAAGAAAGUAGGUUUCCAUGGGUUUAAAAGUCUCUCAGAAGGAGAAUGUGUAAUUCUUGCAGUAUCAGAUGUCACAUGAUCACUAUGGAACCCCUAAGACUGCUGCUAUUUUCCAACAGGUUGUGGUACUGUGACCAUCAUGGGCACAAGUACUUGGUUUGCCAUCCAAUAUGGGUCACAGAUGCUCAGUUCUUUGGUUUACUGUUUCUUCUAUUCCCUUAAAUACUGUACAAACCUUACAUGUUCACAGCCAUUUAUUAUUUUUUAUUCUGAUCUCUUCUGGGGUUUUCACCCAGAGUUACAGUUCAGAUUUACAAUGCCCUAUAAAAAUGCACAAUAUAUGCUGAAACUGUUGUUGAAACAUUUUUUUUAGACAUCCAUUCUCUGCUAGUUGCACCUCUUCUACCCCUAGAGGUGACAUUAAGGAAUUUCGUUAAAAAUGAAAAAUAAAAAAAAUGUAUUUAACCCUUUCUGGAAGUUUUCCAAUAAAGUUCUUUUGUAUUGCU